AGGACGGGCGAUUGUGCUUCUGCUUCGCCUUUGGCUCCUUGGUCUGCUGGGGCUUCACCUCGGUCGAGCUGCGAAGGCUCCGGCGGCUGAUCCGGAAGUCCGUGGGAGACUCGCUGCCACCCGAGGAGAUCGAGAAUGACAGCAUGACCUUUUCAAUGGAAGACUCUCAAAAUGAAUUGGAGGAUGGCACGCCUGUGGCUCCUGCCCCAAAGUUGAGUGGGGAUCACAUCGUGCUGAUGACUUCCUCGGGUGAUGAGGCCUUAGCGUAUAGCUAUGCCUUUGCUCAAAGCGUGAAGCUGGCGGUCUUCGAAACCAUCGUGGACGCCAGCAUCGAGAAGGCCAAGCCGAUCCCUGAGGCAUUGGCACAGUAUGGGACCUUUGACAUGGACGAGAAGCUUGUGAAAAUGCAAAUGGGCGAGAUUUUCGUGACCAAAUGCUCCUUGACACUGCAGACUGACAUGCUGGGAACGCCUGAGAUCUUGUGGGAACAUGACCGCUUUGAUGCGCAGUACGAAGCCUGCCGGAAAUACUUGGAAGUUGGCAAGAGGGUGGAGAUUCUGGACCAACGCUUGGCAGUGCUCAACGACCUCUACAGUUUUUUGCAAACACAAUUGGAGGUGAAGCACUCCAACAAGCUUGAAUGGAUCGUGAUCGUCCUGAUCGUUAUUGAAAUUCUCCUGGACUUGUUCCACAUGUCGCCCUUCUACACGCAGCGCUCCGUGGCUGUUUGCGCUCUGCUUUUGGUCGCUGGCGGCACCACUGCCUUUGCCAAGGAGUUCAAGCCACCCAAGCUUUGGCUGCGGCGUGGUGGCAAAAGGUUGUGGAGGGUGGCGCUCAUGACUCUGCUGGUGCUGGUUGCCUGGCGGGCGCCGCGCGCUGGGCCGCUGCUCUUCGCAGGCGGAGCAGGAGUGGUCCGAUCACGACCAGGACAGCUGUUGCGUUCUGCGCCAGCUUCACGACAUCUGAGGCAGAGCCGGAAGGCAAGACCGAUGCAGCAAAUCUGGCAGAUCUUGCCACUGAGAGAGCGGUGCUGGCUCCUGGCGGGUGUUUGUGCUUUGCUGGGCGCAUCAUCGCUGCAGCUUCUGGCGCCUCCGCUACUCUCACGCGCUCUCAUGGCCGCUGAGAAGGGGACGAAAGUGGCCCAGGUGCAUCUCCUGGCCUUAGUCGCAGCCGGGGUGGCCUUGUGCCAGGGUCUUCGGGGCUACGCGUUCCACAUGACGCGCUUGGGCUUCGUGGGAGCCUUGCGACAAAGGGCCUUCCAGUGCUACAUGUCCAAGGACAUGACCUUCUAUGACAAGGUUGAUGCAGCUGAGCUGAGCUCGCGUCUCACUUCGGACUGCCAACUGGUCUUCGCCAGCCUGGACGACGUGCUGAACUUCCUACUGCGCUCGGGAGCCGUGACCCUCUUUGGCUACUUGGCCAUGCUACGGUGCUGUUGGCAGCUGACGCUGGUGACCACGUUGGUGAUCGCGCUGCUUUUACUGGCGACGCGCUGCUACGCCGAGGUGCGACGGGCAACUACUGCAGAGACACAGGAUGCUGUGGCAGAGCUCAGCCGCGUGGCGGAGGAGUCCUUGAGCGGCAUCAGCACCGUCCGUGCACUGGGCGCGGAGGAGACUCAUGGACGGCUGUUUCACGAGCAGAAUCUUCGCAUCCUGGAGGUUCAGAAACGGAAUAGCUAUGCUCUUGGUGCAUUUUGCUUCGGCAAUGCUUCCCUCAGCGGUUUGUGCCGAGCCUUGGGCUUAGCUUGUGGUGGCUCCUGGGCCUUGAGUCAGAAGAUCUCCGCGGAGCUCCUCACGCAGUUCCUCUUCUACUUGGACAUGGUCCUACGAGGCGCCAUGGACCUCGGAGAGGACUGGCCGGCGACCAUGGAAGCUGUUGGCGCAGGGUCCACUGUUUUGGAGACCUUGGCACAUAGCGAAGCGGACGGUGAGUCCGACGUGGAGAAGGGGCGAUUCCGUGCCCUUGCGCACUUCACGGGAGAGGUGACCUUUGACCGGGUGACCUUUGCGUAUCCCAUGCGACCAUCCAGGCAGGUCCUUCAGGAUGUCACCAUCCACUGCCGGUCAGGUGAGAUGACCGCCUUGGUGGGGACCAGUGGCUCGGGCAAGAGUUCGCUGAUCAACUUGAUUCAGGGCUUCUACAGCGUGCAGAAGGGCGAGGUUCUGGUGGAUGGAGUCCCCUUGGAAGACUUGGAUCCUGCUUGGUUCAGGGACCAGCUGGGCAUCGUUGGCCAGGAACCCCACUUCUUCCGUGGCACUGUGGGGCAGAACAUCGCCUGGGGCACCGAGGCCACCAAGGAGGAGGUCAUUGAGGCAGCGAAGAUCUCCCAAGCGCACGACUUCAUCCAGCGGCUGCCUGGGGGCUAUGAGACCCAGAUUGGUGAUGGGAAGCUACUGAGUGGAGGACAACGUCAGCGCUUGGCGAUUGCCCGGGCCAUUUUGCGCGACCCACCGAUUUUGGUCCUCGAUGAGCCCACUAGCGCUUUGGAUCCAUCCACCAGCAGGUUGGUCUCCCUGGCCCUGAGGGAGGCUCAGUGGUCCCGAAAACGCCGCCAGCGCCGCACUUUACUGGUCAUUGCGCAUCGGUUGUCGACCGUGAAGGAUGCUGAACAGAUUGUGGUCCUGGAUAAGGGCCGUGUGGUUGAACGAGGCACCCAUGAGGAGAUCUCCACGUUUGCGGCACGUCUGUGGCUACAAGGAGCUGAUGGCACGCGAGGGACCCUUUUGGCGCAUGGUCACGGAGCUCUCUUGAUGCGGAGAGGGGAUCAACUUCCGGCCAAAGAUGCCGAGAGUGCGCUAUCGAAGAAGCUGCUCUGAAGAAAAGGUCCACGGUUUAUGGGGCAGUAGCCUCCGAACCUCGUUCUCUUUUCAAGAAGAUAUCCCUCAAAAGGUUUUCUCGGAAGUGGCCUG